UGUGAAUGUCAACGUCAUUUUACUCAACAAAACAAAAACAACAAGACGCAAAGUGGUCUACGGCCUCUGGCCUAUAUUCAAUCAUCAAUUAAAUCUGUCUCAUUCAUAUAUUUUGGUUAAAAGUGAAUAAUUAUGGACAUUCCUCUCUCAAAACUUCCCAAUGUGCCAUUUGGAAAAAUUUUGGUCAAUGAGACGUGGAGCAAAACGGAACUCGGCGUUGAACUCUCUAGACAUCACGGUGGACUUCAAUUCUCUCUUGCAGGAGCCUUUGUAGAUUUUGUCCCAGCCCAAAAUUUGCCUGUAAUUUUAUUUUACACUGGAAACUAUCCAUCAAAUGAUGCCGACAUUAUUGCAAAAUUAAAAAAUUUCAAGAAGUGUUGGAAAGGUGCCGGGGUGAUAAUGGCUGAGAGAAAUUCAUCUACCUGUCAGCUGUACAAUUCUGUCCAGAGUUUAGCAACCCUAAAGCUGGCUAAGAAUGUUGUGCCAGUUUCGAACCUACAGGAAGUGCCUGACCUUCUGAAAGACUUGGCUCAAGCUGCCAAAAACAAGAAUAAUAAUCCAUUCCUAGUGAAAAUUCCGUUGCAAGUCGAUCUCGCCUCUAAACAAAUUAGUUUGCUCACAAAAAUUCCCAACGUAGGACGAAACAAAGCGCAAAUUUUGGUGGAACAUUUUUUUACAAUCAGAAGAAUCUCUUAUGCUACUGAGGAUGAACUUUCAGUGCACAUAGGGAAGUCAUCCGCUGAAAGUGUAUACAAGUUUUUUCACUAAUAACACCUUUUUUUUAGAAGCAUAAACGAUUUUGUGUUUGUGAAAAUUAACCAAGUGGAAACUAACUAUUUCUUUUUUUUCAAUACACAAUGAUUAAUUAAAUAUAAAACUACUAUAAAAUAUAUAA